UCUAUGGUUUCGGGCGCGGUGGAUGCUGGGAGGGUGGAGGAGUAAUGGCGCGGCUGGCCUAGCGGCGCGGCGCCUAUGAGAGGAGGAGGAGGAAGGUAGCGCGGCUAUAGCCUCCGUCCAUGAUGAGCAUUUGAUCCCACGGUAUUUAAGAUGACUACUGCGGCUAGACCGACAUUUGAACCUGCAAGAGGAGGGAGAGGCAAAGGAGAAGGUGACCUAAGUCAGCUCUCCAAACAAUAUUCCAGCAGAGAUCUUCCUUCUCACACUAAAAUCAAAUACAGACAAACCACUCAGGAUGCCCCUGAAGAGGUUCGCAACCGUGACUUUAGGAGAGAACUGGAAGAGAGGGAGCGCGUUGCUGUGAGAGAGAAGAACAGAGACCGCCCCCCACGAGAGCACACAACUUCCUCUUCAGUUUCAAAGAAACCCCGACUAGAUCAGAUCCCUGCGGCUAACUUGGAUGCAGAUGAUCCAUUGACCGAUGAGGAAGAGGAAGAAGAAGACUACGAUGAAGAGAGCGACGAUGACACGGCUGCUCUUUUAGCUGAGCUGGAAAAAAUAAAAAAGGAACGCGCUGAAGAGCAGGCCCGAAAGGAACUAGAGCAGAAGGCUGAAGAGGAGAGGAUACGGAUGGAGAACAUCCUGAGCGGCAACCCUUUGCUGAACCUUACUGGUCCAGUACAGCCUCAAGCAAACUUCAAAGUAAAGAGGAGGUGGGACGACGACGUGGUCUUCAAGAACUGUGCGAAAGGGGUAGAUGAGAUGAAAAAAGACAAAAGAUUUGUCAACGACACGCUGCGGUCUGAAUUUCACAAAAAGUUCAUGGAGAAAUACAUCAAGUAGUAUUUUCGUUUUAACGUUGCUGCCUUGCUGAUAGACUGAAUGGAGCAAAUCGUUUGUCCACCGUCCCCAAAAAAUCUGGUUUUAAAGUGAGAAUCUGUCAACAAGUAGCAGUUCUUCCCCGAGGUCAUUGAUACUUUUGUUUUAACCUGCACCUGGAAUAUUUUGUGCUUUUCUCAUUUUAACUUGGUCAUCUUAUUUCCCAGAAAUGUUUCCUUGUCCGAUAUGAAUUUACUUUUAAUGGCCUUUCUGUAAAUGGUUAUGGUUUGCAAUAAAUCUUUCACUCUGAA